CCCUCCCGCGCGUGCCGCUCCGCUUCUUCCUCGUGAUCGCGCACCACCCUCGCGCUAAGCUCCAUUCGGUUCCAGCCGCACUCAGCUUCGCCCCCUUUCUCCUCCAGCUUCGCCUACGCCCCGCAGAGGGAAGGCCUCGACACGUACGUUGGAGAGACAGGUUCCAAUGAGAAGAGCGAGAGGGCGGAGCCGAAGUCUCUGGAGGGGCGGGGCGAGGCGGGGCGAAAUUGCGAGUGUCUGGACUCAGCUUUGCAUAACAAUACAUAGCUUUGUGUAACCAAUGCAGGAAGGCAUUUAAAGGCUUAAAGGCGCCUGUGCCGCCACAGACCUUUCAGUUAACUCCGCCGGGACCCACCCUUCUCAAUGCAAUUCCUGAUGCAGGCUCCGCUCCUGAUCGCCCUGGGCUUGUUUCUCGCGGCCCCUGCACAAGCCCACCCGAAAAAGCUAGGUAAGUUUUCCUGGGACAACUGUGAUGAAGGGAAGGACCCUGCAGUGAUCAGAAGCCUGACUGUGGAUCCUGACCCCAUCAUCAUUCCUGGGAAUGUAACCCUCAGUGUCGUGGGCAGCACCAGUGUCUCCCUGAGUUCUCCUUUGAAGGUGGAUUUACUUUUGGAGAAGGAAGUGGCCGGCCUCUGGAUCAAGAUUCCAUGCACAGACCAGAUUGGCAGCUGUACCUUCGAAGACUUCUGUGAUGUGCUUGAUAUGUUAUUUCCUACUGGGGAGCCCUGCCCAGAGCCCCUACAUACCUAUGGGCUUCCUUGCCACUGUCCUUUCAAAGAAGGAACCUACUCACUGCCCAAGAGCGGAUUCAUUGUGCCUUCCCUGGAGUUGCCCAGUUGGCUCACCACCGGGAACUACCGCAUACAGGGCGUCCUGAGCAGCCGUGAGAAGCGUCUGGGCUGCAUCAAGAUCGCUGCCUCUCUAAAGGGCAUGUAACAUGGCAUCUGCUACAGCAGAAGGGAGGGGUAUGAGGAAGGUUCCUUUUCCUCUGUCUUGUGUUUGCCAAGGCCAAAUUCCUACUCUCUGCCCCCGUUUAAUCCUCUUACUACAAUGAGUCCCCUACCCUAACUGAAACUCAUUUUAUGCCACUUACAUUUUAGGCUGCAGUAAGCAGCCCUGACCUAAGGGAGGAUGAGUUGGACAGUUCUUGGUAGCCCAGGGUUCUGGGCUGACCAUGUGACCCAUCCCCAUUAACAUUCUCUCUAAAGAGCAUUGUUCAGUCAAGGAAUGGGAACCAGCAUGUUUUAGGAGCUGAAGAGUCUUUAUGACUUCCUCUCUCACUCUUUUUUUUUGUCACUAAGUUAAAAGCAAAGUGACAGUAUUAACGUUUUUAUUCUACUCCAGCCCCUGUUAGAAUGAAGGGGUGAAAUGAAAGCAGUUGCUCUUAGUCUAUUUCUUCCCUAACUUCUGUGACUAAUUUUGAUUUCCUUUUUAGAUUUGCCCAGUUAAUACUAGGGUGCAGUGUAUCCUGGAGAGUCAGGGUGUGUUGGGGAGGGAUCCCUUGGGGGUGAUAUUAGGAGUGCUCUGUUGUUUACAAACUCAGGUACCCGCAGGGCCUAGCAAGAGACUUAAAUGGGUGACAGGGACCAUGAGAAACAUGUUGUUUCCAUGCUUGAUUUUGAUUUUUCCUUUUUGAUUAAAGCUAAUACUACAGUGUAAAUAUUUCUUAUACUAUACAGAAAGCCACAGCGCCCGUGCAUUGAUACAAGGCCGCUGAGGCCUGGUCUUCAGUUGGAAAUAUAAUUAAGCGUGGCAAGGACUGGAGUAGGUUGGAGAGUGCAUAGCCAGUCUGUGAAGACAACUGCUACCUAGCUGUCAUCAGUCAGCACCACAUAAGAAUGGUGUGGGCCCAGUAUUGCCAGAUAGUUUCAAUGUUUGCUCCUAGGGAAGCCAAAAAGCCAGAUUUGUAUAUGAAAUCUCACCAUUUUAAAAGAUCGACAACUAAUUAUUUUUUUUAAAACGCUGUGCGUUGUGAUGUGUCCCAAAUGGAUAUAUCAGUGGGGCAGCUGGCUCAUGGUGGCCACUUCGCAACCUCUGAUCUCAUACCAUGCGUACCUUGUCCUUUUUUUUUUUUUUUUUCCUGAGACAGAAUUUACUUAGUUACCCAGGCUGGAGUGCAGUAGCACGAUCUCAGCUCACUGAAACCUCUGCCUCCUGGGUUCAAGCAAUCCUCCUGCCUCAGCCUCCCAAGUAACUGGGAUUACAGAUGCUUGCCACCAUGUCCAGCUAAUUUUUUGUAUUUUUAGUAGAGACAGAGUUUCACCCUGUUGGCCAGGCUGGUCUUGAACUCCUGACCUCUGGUGAUCUGCCCACCUUGGCCUCCCAAAGUGAUGGGACUACAGGUGUGAGGCACUGUGCCUGGCCACCUUGUCCUCUUAAGACAACUCCUGUGGCACUGCUUCUCCCUCCACAGGGCCAAAGCAAUAGUGUCUGGUCCCAAGGAAAAGGCUCUUCCUGUCUUAAGAGAGGUCUGGGUAGCCUCUUAGCUGUGAGCUGUGGGGAUCACAAGGCUGCCUGCCCCAGUCUUGGAGUCCUGUUGACUGAAUGAGGCAGAUGGGAAGGAGUUGGCACCACCAGCAGUUGCUUUUGGAGCAGGGGUCCAAGGAAGAGAGGGUGGCCUCAACAUCGGGCUGCCUGGAUUUGUCCACCACCCUGUUAUGCCGUGACAACUUCUGAACCACACACCAGCCCUGAGUUCUGGGCUCAUCUGAAGCCUGGAAUAGCAAUAAAUCAUUUUAACUUGU